ACUGCGCAGGUCCCUCCUUCCCUGGGCUCGGGCUCGUCGGCCCAGGGUAUAUACCCCCGAGUGUAGGAGCGGAAAGCGUCUCAGUUGCCGACGAACUUCCAUCUCGCCGUCGUCGUUACUAAAAUAACGAACUAACGCCAAAAACAAAACAGUUUUUUGUUUGCCUUCUGCUGUUCUAGUACAACAACGCACACACAAAACAAAGGGAUUUCUCUCUUCUUCAUCCUAGUUUUUACUGGUUCCUCACACAACAACACAAAACCGUGGAUUUAAAAACCUGUUUUGGUUUCGUUCUCAAUUCAAGUAGUCAACUUGUUUCCUGCAAUUUUCCUCGUUUGCGAAAAAAACGUUGAGAGAACUAAAAAGCUUCACACCAGCUUUCUCUCACGGCCGCCAUCUUGUCGAGCAGCCGCCAUCUUGAUCACGUCCUCAGACCCCAUUGUUGAGUAUUCUCUCUCUCUCUCAUUCUCUGACGCCACAGCACACACACAUCUUUUCUUUGAUUGUUUGGAUGCUCAUCAUCUCGGCCAAGACGAAGAAGACGAUCACCACCACCAUUCCGCCCUCGCGAAUUUAAAACAAUUUCAGAAAAGAAGAAUCAAAGAAAAUGCGCGUCGAAGUGACUUCAGCAGCCAAUUUUCUCGUCAGACUUCUUCGUCUGAACAAGGAAUCGGCCAUCGUUUCCGACCAACAGCUGGAAGUCUUCCGGGCUGCCUUGAUCGAGACGUUGAGGAUACGCUACCAGGAGCACUGGUUUCCCGAGAAGCCUUGCAGAGGCAGCGGCUACCGCUGCAUCCGCAUCAACGGCAAAAUGGAUCCGGUCCUGGCCCAAGCUGGCGUCCUCGUCGGAUUGCCUGGCCAAUUUCUGCACAGAAUCUUCCCAUCGGAAUUGACGAUGUGGAUCGAUCCGCGUGAAGUGUCGUACCGCAUCGGAGAGAACGGGUCCAUCUGCGUCCUCUACGACGAGCGGGAAGUGGAGGAAUCGAUGAGGCAGGAGCGGAAUAACGUCAUGGGAUCCAACAAAGCAGGAGGAGGCCAUUCAUCGGCUUCGUCGACUCCCAACUCGUCCAAUUCGCCGUCACCAUCGCUGGGUGGAUCCGAGUCGUCGUCUCCUUCUUCCAUGGAUUCCAGUAGUGGUGGUGGAGAUCCAUCGGCCGGCUGCCGAGAAUCUGUCCGUUCCGAAAUGGAGUUUAUGAUGGAUGCCCGCAAUAUCCUGGCCUUCGAGCAUCUCGCUUCCUACGUUUCUAGUUAGACGGUUUGCGCCAUCACCCCGCCGACCCAUCAUCCAUCCACACCGAACGACAACGGACUUUUCUUUUCAAUUUGGGAUUUUUUCCGAUCCCAUCCAUCCAACACACACACACACAUCAAACCCAGCUGAAAACAACACUUUGGACCUUGCUGUUCUUAUCAAAUAUUUUUUUUUGUUUCAACAUUGCACGAGAUUCAAUAUUGACGGGGGCUUUUUUUACAGAAACAAAAUGGGGGGAAUAAAGAAAAAAUGGGGGGAGUCAAGAAUGGAACAGCCACCCAAUUUUUGCAUGACGGAAUUUAUUUUUAUUUUAUUAUUUUUGGUGACUUCACACAUCGAUUUAACGUUUCCUUCAUCAUCACACAUGGGGAAAAAAGAUUUUUUUUUUUCAAAUUUAAAAAAUUUCAAACGGGAGGGGAAAUGUGUCCCCCACCACCUGCUGCUUGUGCCGCUCUGAAGAAGAUGGAGGAGCGGUGUGUUGUGUUAAACCCGUACUGUGAUCUCAACAAAGCCAUUGCCAACCGUGCAUCCCACCACCACCCCAUUUGGAAGAGAUGAGCUAAAAAGACAAAGAAUCAAGACACAAUGAAGAAGAAGAAACAAGUUCCCAUUUAAACUAAAAACAAUUGAAUCCUCCUCACACAAGAAAAACGUCGAUGAUAUAUGACAUACUCGAUUUAUAUCUCUCUUUUUAUGUGUCUCUCCCCCGUGUUCGGAAACAAACAAACCCUCCCCAUCUUUAUAUAUAUAAAUACGUGUGUAUAAUCUUAUAUAUCAUAAUUGUCGAAAUACCCCCACCACCCGCCCCUACAAAACAUUUUUGUCGCUCGGUUAACGAAUCAAGUUAUUUUUGCUUUUUUUAAAAAUUUCAAGGAGAAAUGGUAGUCGAUUUUUUCAAAAGAUUAAAAAACAAAACACACAAAAGUCUCUUCAAUUCAAUCCCUUAAUUAUCUCAGCUGAAUUAUCGUAUUUGUGAUUUCCCCCUAAAACUAUCUUCUAAUUGGUGUUGAACGCAAGACGGACGGAUGGCAGCUUUACAAUCACCACUCAAUUUCGAGGUUCCCCACCCUUACCCCUCCCCUUUCAAAUGAUGUACACAAAAUAAAGAUUUCAAUCCAUUGAUUUUUAAUUUUUCGAAUUUCGGGGACCAAAAAUGGAAAAAAAAAAGUUGAAUUGAAACAAGCACACGGUGAAGAAAAACAAACAAAUGCAACCCCCCCACAAUUUUUCAUUCCAACCUGACCUGUUGAUGGCCAUCCGCCCAUGAGCGAUAUGAAAAAUUCCGGCCUUAACAAUUAUUCUAAAAAACUGAAGAGAAAAAGUACAAAUUUCAAAUAUGACGAAAGAUUUUUUUUUUGUAAAACGAAAACAAAACAAACAAAAAAAUGGAUCAGCAUAUUUUUUUGCUUGAAGUGUUUUUUAAAUUAAUUAUUAUUUUUCAUUUUGAUUGGCCGGGGUUUUUAAAUAUUUGUUAAAUGGAAGCGCGAUGUGUUUUUUUUCAUGGGUCCGGCUUCGGGAUAUUUAUCUCAGGAUUUCUCUGGAUUGAAUGACCACCUCCCCCCUCUCUUCUCAUUCGAUCAUCCCCUUCUCAUCCCUUGAAAUUGAUUGUGUGUGUGAUCCCGUUGAUAUUUCAUUUAGUGUGCAAUAUCUUCUUCCUUUUUUUUAAAAAAAAGAAACAAAUCGUCCAAUCAUCUAUACUUCCUCCUACCAAAUUUUGGCGACAUUGUAAAGCUGCUCUAUUGUGAAGCCCCAACUGUGUACUUAUAAAAGGAGAGGAUCGUACAAAUCCCGUUUCCCCUCCCCCCUCCCGAAAAAUACGGAUGCGAUAAUUGAGCUCAGAUUUAUU